AUGCGGAUAUAUUGCGGCUCCCUCCGUGACCACCAUCCUGCUCCCCCGUCUCUCGCCAUGUGUCCGGGUGCCCUUGCCUUGCUGCUUCUCCUGCUCGUGUCCUCGGGACCGGGUAACACCGUCAGCCUACCCGGCCAGAGCCGACAGAUACGGUCCAAGGCACUUAAGAGGUUGUUGGAGGUGUUCGGGAUGGAAGAUGCGCCGCCGUCGCCUCAUAAGCUACGCCAACCUCCCCAGUACAUGCUGGACCUGUACAACACGGUGGCAGAUGCGGAUGGGGUGACCAAAGAGCCCGACCUGCUGGUGGGAAACACGGUGCGCAGCUUCCUGGAUCGAGCACGUAACCAGCAGUUCGUGUUCUUCUUCAACCUGUCCAGUGUGGCCAAGAGCGAGACGAUCUUGACCGCCGAGCUGCAUCUCUUCAAACUGCGAGGUCGCCCGUCCCAGGAUCUCGGGCAGCGUAAGCACCACCUUUGUCAGGUUAGUGUCUACCAGAUAUUGGACAAUGGCACAUCUACAGCAAAAGGGAAAAGAUUAUUGUCAACCAGACUACUUCCAGUCCACGACAACACAUGGGAGGUCUUCACAAUCACUAAUGCUGUGUAUGACUGGAUACAGGAUAAAGAUAGCAAUAAAGGCUUGCUUGUCAGUGUGCAGGGCCUGGCUGGAGAGCAACUCAACAACUACAUCCACUUUGCCACCGGGAGAGACCAUCACAGCAGCAAAAAGCCAAUGGUGGUUCUCUUUACAGACGAUGAAAGGAGAGGGACUGCCACCUCCAGUUCUUCAAUAGGUAAUUCUUCAACUCCAUUUCUCUCUGAAGUGACACUUCACGAUAAAGCAAGCCAGAGUCGCAACACAAGAUCCUUGAACUUGCAAGGCUGCCAGAGGUAUCCUCUUUAUGUGGAUUUUGAAGAGAUUGGCUGGUCUGGUUGGAUCAUCUCCCCGCGGGGUUACAACGCCUACCACUGCAAAGGAGCAUGCAUUUUCCCAUUGGGCCAAAAUAUGAGGCCUACCAACCACGCCACUGUCCAAUCCAUUAUAAAUGCCCUUAAGCUAACUAAUGGUGUUGCAACUCCUUGCUGCAUCCCAGACAAACUAUUCUCCAUCAACCUGCUGUACUUUGAUGAUGAUGAAAAUGUGGUCCUGAAACAGUACAAUGAUAUGGUUGCUGGCAGUUGUGGAUGUCAUUAG